GUCAGGUCAGCUCAGUUGUGGGAACAUAAUCAACUCGUACAGACAAUAAAUAAUAUAAAGCAAAAUGGAUAAAUUGCUUGUCAUUUUCCUUAUCGCCUCCUUGGCAAGCGAAUCGAUGACCAUGAGUCACAGAUUAAGGAGGCAGGCUGUCACAUCAAGUACCUCAGCUGCGCCCCCUGCAGUAGCGGUUCAAGAGCAGACUCAGCCAUCUGGGAAUGGACAAAACUUUACCAUGGAACAGUGCCUUCUGAGUUGUCCGGUCACUCCCGAGUAUAAUCCUGUUUGUGGUUCUAACGGCGUCACCUACUCCAAUCCUGGGAGAUUGCUUUGUGCGCAAGCGUGUGGCGAAAAUGUCAACCUACUAAGAACAUCGCCCUGUCCGCGGACUUAGUAUAAAAUGAAUAAUCUCAUUAAGAAUCGAAUU